AAUUUUGGGAAAAUUUUAAUUUAAAACCAUCAAAUCAAUCACGUGUAUUGUGGAAAUUAUUUUUCAAAUUCAUUUGUCUUAAGCCAGCAACAAGUGUAUUGUGAUAGUGACACUUUAUGAGCGGGAAAUUUUCUCACUUUGAUUAAUUACAAUGACAAGCAAUGCCAAGAAAACGCAAAGGGGUUGAUAUGAGCCGCAGUACAAGCAGAGCACGAAAGUUGCAAAAUAGCAGAUCCGAAAGAACAGAAGAACAAAUCCAGCUACAAAAUACUGAUGCACGUGUCAGAAUGACGCAAUUGCAUCAAGAAGAGCCAGAAGAUUCACGAGAUGAACGCAAUGAAGUCAGAAGAUUAGAACAACGACAAUCACGCCGUUUCACAGUCAAUAGACGAAGAACAAAUAACCAACAACGACAACAGACCAUUUGAUCCCCAUGUUCCUGUAUCCACUGUUCCACAUAUGUGCUAACUGGGAGGCGCUAACUUGACAGACAUCAGCUGUUUUUCUAGUUCAACUUGGAAGAAAAAUGUUGAAAAUAGGAAAAUUCAUAGCGCGAAAUGCCACAAAGGCUAAUCAUGUGGACAGACAACGACUAGGCGCUGUUAGCCGGUUUUAUAUAACGAAUCCAUUAGAAAUAAACGCAGAGAUUGUCCUUGGCAAGGAUAUAAUAAACUAUAACUCUAGGACUAUGAUCCUUGUGCCCAGAUUUCAAUCACCCCUGCUGCUCCGGGAAUUCCAUUGCUCAGCAUCCCGCCUGAAGCGCCGGAAAACAGCCGAGGAGAAGAAAUCCCCUAGAAUUAUAGAGUACUCCCCAAAGAAGGCCCAGCCAGGAAAAUCCGACGCUGCAGACGUAUGGCGGCACAUGAGUGUGGCCCAAUUGGCCAAGGAGCUCGAAAGGUCUUUGGAUGACGUCCAGGAGGCCAUGUUGUAUGUCAAGGGCGCGGAUAACAUUGAGCCUGAUGCAAAGAUUCCAGACCUUCAAAUCAUUCAGGAAAUAGCCAAGAAGUUAGCGGUUAAGACCCGUGUGGUGGCCCCACCAGAUAAUGCCAGCGAGGAUGACCAAAAGGAGCGCGACGUCACGCCCAGACCCCCGGCUUCGGCAGAGUUGCUGAAACCCCGUCCGCCAGUGGUCACAGUUAUGGGACACGUUGACCAUGGUAAGACCACGCUAUUGGAUUCUCUGCGAGGUGCCGAUGUGGCUGCUGGGGAAGCUGGAGGCAUAACGCAGCACAUAGGCGCGUUUACAGUGACCUUGGAAAACGGGGAAAGAGUCACCUUUCUGGACACCCCCGGACAUGCUGCCUUCAGCGCAAUGCGAGCUCGGGGUGCCGUGGCCACGGACAUCAUUGUUCUGGUGGUAGCCGCCGAAGAUGGGGUAAUGGCUCAGACCCGUGAAGUAAUACAGCUGGCUAAAGAGGCGCAAGUUCCUAUUAUCGUGGCUCUCAAUAAAAUUGAUAAGCCGGAGGCAAAUAUUGAGAAAAGCAAGCAAGAACUCACCCAAAUGGGUCUGGCACUCGAGGAGCACGGCGGCGAUGUUCAGGUGAUACCCAUUUCAGCUCUGAAGGGAACAAACUUGCAGCUCUUGGCCGAGGCCGUCAGCACUCAAGCCACCCUGAUGGGCCUAAAAGCUGAUCCUACGGGCUUCGUUGAGGGUAUCGUGGUAGAGUCCAAAACAGAUCCACGACGUGGAAAGCUGUCCACGGCCAUCGUAUCCCGAGGUACUCUUCGGAAGGGAUCCGUACUCUUAAGCGGCCUAGCACAUGCCAAGGUGCGGGGACUCUUCGAUCACAAUGGCCAGCCGCUCAACGAGGCGCCUCCUGGUACGCCUGUGGAGAUACUUGGUUGGCGGGAACUUCCUUUAGCUGGUGAACUCAUACUUGAGGUGGAAACAGAGAAAAAAGCUCAUGCUGUGCUCAAGUAUCGUGAGCAAGAGGCGCAGCGGGAAAAGAUCGAGUCUAGCAGCGACGAAAUCCGCAAAAAGGAGGAGGAGCACCAGGCCAAGUACCGGGCUGAACGAGAAGCUCGCAGACUGGCCGGUCGUUUUCGGGUCCGGGGUGGUCAGCGAGUGAAGCAAAUGGAUGAUAACGAGGGCAAGCCAAGGGUCAGUGUAAUCAUCAAGGGAGAUGUGCACGGAUCCGUGGAGGCCAUUCUGGAUGUGCUGGAAACGUACAACAGCAAUGAGAACUGUCGCCUGGACAUCGUGCACUACGGAGUGGGCAAUGUGACGGAGGGAGAUCUGGAGCUGGCCAAGGCGUUCGAUGCCAUUAUCUAUGCCUUCGCCGUGGAGGCACCGCAACCAAAGUUUGCCAAAGAUGUUAAUAUACGCAGCUAUAACAUCAUCUACCGGCUAAUUGACGACCUUAAGGAGCAGCUGAGCAACAAACUUCCACCCGUAGAGGUGGAGGAGGUGCUGGGCGAGGCAAAUGUCCUGCAAAACUUCCUCAUCAACGAGGGGCGCAAAGAGGUCCCCGUGGCAGGGUGUCGCUGCACCAAAGGGGUGCUAAAGAAGGCGCAAAAGUUUAGGCUGCUACGCGAUGGGGAAACUGUCUACGAUGGAUCGUUGGAGUCCAUGCGACAUCUAAAAAACGAGGUGGAUACUAUUAAAAAAGAUGUCGAGUGCGGGCUGCGAUUGAAGGACACCAAAGUGCUGCCCCAAGCUGGCGACAUUCUGCAAUGCUACACCACGAACACGGAGGCCCAGAAAACGGACUGGGAUCCAGGAUUCUAAAAGAUGGGCUAAUUUUAAGCGAAGCCUCUGCCUUGUUAUCGUAUCUCUAGUUUUUUAUUAUAUUUUGUUUAUAUAAAACAAUCAACUAUCGA